UAUCUGAAAUGGCAGUAUGUGGCAGGCUGCAUGAAAGGGUAUGUCUAAAGUUAUCCUCGCUUUAUAUUUAGGACGUGCCAUUCUUGUUGGGUAGUUUACAUUUUAACAUCGUGAACAGUAACAUGGAUGGAAUGAUUGGAAUAUUGGUAAGUUAAAAGGAAAUGGUUGUGGACACAUUAAAGGUACUUUUCAUCAUACUGUUGACGCUUACCCCGGAUCUGACCUCAUCUAGCUGUGACAGCGGUUGGACACAUAAGCCCGAGGUAGGAAAGUGCUUUAGGGCCUACGAUAGCUUCCAGAGCUACCAAGGCGCCAAAACCAACUGUGAAAACGUCGGAGGCACAUUGGCCAUGCCAAAGACUCAAGAGUUACACGAAGCCAUGGCGUCCAUACUGAGCACAUAUAGAGAGUAUUGGAUUGGCCUGGAGAGACGGACCGGAAACACAGACACCUGGUUGGACGGUACACCGGUGUCGUGGAGUUAUAUCUGCCCAUGUGAUGGUAAAGAGUCGUCCUGCGCCGCGUAUCGAACUGUGGGGAGCGACAGCGGUGGAAAUCACUACUGGGCAGACGCCUCGUGCUCCAGUUAUUAUCGCUAUGUGUGCGAAAAAUCAGAUGGGACUAGUGGUGCCGGGGCGGUGGCUAACCCAUGUCCGUCAGGCUGGUCCCACAAGGCGUAUGUCGACAGAUGUUACUGGCACUCUGGCCACACACAUGCGAAUUACGAAGACUCUAAAACGGCCUGUGCAAACACAAACGGCGCCACCAUAGCUAUGCCUAAAACCGCAGAACAACAGGCCGCAAUGGUGACCAUGUUGUCAAGUUCUGAGUACUGGAUAGGACUUGAACACAUGGGCUCCAACCCCGACCAGUGGGCCGACGGUACCACACCAACCUAUGAUAACAUAUACCCGUAUGACUCUCGGGGCAGCUCCAGUUGCAAUGCCUAUCGGGCACACAACAGCUACAGUUUCCAAUGGCUGGACCGGUCUUGCUCUAAUAGUUAUCGCUACGUAUGCGAAAUCAUAGUUGGUACGGGUUGCAGCGCCCCCUCUUCUCCUGGUCAUACCACAGAGGUCGUAGAGGGUACAGACGUAGGAGACAAUAUCACCUAUACUUGUGAGUCCGGGACAACUCUUACCAGUGGAGACCUCGUGCGAGUGUGUCAGUCUGACCGGACGUGGAACGGCUCGGCACCCGUGUGUGAAGAUCUGACCUGUGGCAGCGGUUGGACACACAAGCCCGAGGUAGGAAAGUGCUACAGGGCCUACGAUAGCGACCAGAGCUACCAAAACGCGAAAACCAACUGCGAAAACGUUGGAGGCACACUGGCCAUGCCAAAGACUCAGGAGUUACACGAAGCCAUGGCGUCCAUACUGAGCGACAGGGAGUAUUGGAUUGGCCUGGAGAGACUAACUGGAAGCACAGAUACCUGGUUGGACGGUACAGCGGUGUCGUGGGACUAUAUCUGCCCAUGUGAUGGUAAAGAGUCGUCCUGCGCCGCGUAUCGAACUUUGGGGAGCUACUACGGUGGAAAUCAUUACUGGGCAGACAUCUCGUGCUACAAUAAUCAUCGUUACGUGUGCGAAAAAGCAGGCAGCUACAGUAUCGAGGCUGCUUGCGAGGGUAGGACGGUAGCGCUACAGUGUUCCUUAAACCAUGUCAUCCAUAUUGUGGACGCUGUUUAUGGCCGGACCAACACUUUAACGUGUGUCCACCAUGCCAUGUCCAACACGAACUGCAACGCCAGCACGUCCUACAGCGUCGUGGCCGCAGCAUGCGAGGGUCAGCAGUCCUGCUCUGUGGUAGCACAUAGGAGCACAUUCGGUCAGGAUCCUUGUGAUGGAACCUACAAGUAUCUAAAGAUAUACUAUAAUUGUCAAGAUUCAGGCAUUGCACAGCCGGUGGCAUUCUGGCCGUUGGACGCUAACAGCCUGGGCACCGAUUUAAGUGGGAAUGGACACAAUGGAACGGUACAUAAUGCCACACCUUCGGCCGGACCUUACGGAGACGCCCAUGCUUUGACCUUUGCUGAAGCCAGUGACUCCCAUGUGGUCAUACCAGCGCAUGCGCAGCUUGCCGUCCAGAACUUCACUUUGAUGUUCUUCAUAUAUCUGGAGAACUUGGACCCCAGUUGCAUAUUUGAGUACGCAUCCAAUCCAGUCGCGUCUCACAUAUGGCUUCACCCUAACGGGCAAUCUCUAAAGAUAAACCUCAUUGACUCAAGCGACCAUAAUCUGCAGCACUUCAGUCAGGUGAACAACAUAUUUACAGAGAGAACGUGGCAUAGGGUGGUCGUCAGCUACUCACAGACUACCGGGGAACUGGCAGUGGAAUCUGAAGUGUUUGACACCCAGGAGUCCAACAAUAAUACGAAGCAGUUAGGGACAUUUACUCAUCACACAAACGGUCUCAAUCUGCAAAUAGGCAAGCGACAAGGGGUGGCCACAGAAAUGUUCGACGGACGUUUAUCGUGUGUUCAUCUGUUUGAUGACGUCAUCGAUGAGGACUCCAAGAAUGCAGCGUGGGAACGAUGCCAAGAGAGAGGGAAUUUGGCGUGCAAUGCCCCGGAUGACGGGAUCAAUGCUGCCUACUCUGGUAACUUGACAAUGGGGUCUGUGGUAUCGUACACCUGCAACUUAAAUGCCACUUACAUCAACGGGGACUCCAACAGAACGUGCUUGGGAGAUUUAACGUGGUCUGGUACACGGAUGGAGUGUCAUUACGACCUACAAAAAGCUGCUUUCUGGCCGUUUGACGGCAACAGUCUCGGCAACGACUUCACCGGAAGAGGGCACCACGGAGUACUUCAUAACGUGAUAGCAGCGCCGGGUCCUUUUGGGGCUCUACAUGCGUUGGAAUUCUCUCCCGCCUCUCUAUCGCACGUGACGGUGCCAGCACAUCCCGAUCUGGCUGUCCAGAGUUUUACAUUGAUUUGGCUAAUGAAUCCUGUGAGUGUGGGUUCAUCUGGAACGGGCUGUUUAUUUGAAUUCGGAACUGCAAGACCCCAUAUAUGGCAGUGGCCUUCGGGAGCUCACUUAUAUGCCAACCUGAUGGAUACUGGAGGCCGAUCCCACUCUUACACAUAUCCCAACGUAUUCACUGCCAACACGUGGCAGAAAGCCAUCGUGCAAUUUGACCGAGGCACGGGGACAGUUUUGUUAGGAGUGGGGUCUCUCGAUUCCCAAUAUUUCAAUAAUUCAACUGCGGUGAUUGGGCAGUUUGAUAUCAUGACAGCGGGUCAAGAUUUCCAUAUAGGCAAACGGUCCAGUCUCAAUACACACGUGUUCAAUGGCCGGUUAUCGUGCAUCCACCUUUUUAACACAGUGGUUGACUUGCAGACAAUUAAUGAAGCAUGGGAGCUGUGCAGAGAAAGAGGAAACUUAACAUGUUCCGCUCCUGAACCCGGGGUAAACGCGACUUAUUCGGGCAACUUAACCAUGGGCUUGGUGGUGACGUACAGCUGUAACGUGGGUCACGUGCACGCCAGCGGUAACGUCACUAGGACGUGCCUGGGGAAUUUAACGUGGUCUGGGACGCAAAUGGAAUGCGAAGUUGUUAUUUGCAGCGAUCCCGGUUUUAUCAGCAACAGCGCAAGGCUUCCGACCACGAGUCAAAACUUCUAUGGUGGGAACAACGUGACUUACACGUGCGACAGCGGUUAUUUCUUAGCAAACGGUUCGUUGUCACGUGUGUGUCAGGACAAUAGCACGUGGAGUGAUGAUCCGCCUUUUUGCGAAGUCAUCCCUGAGUGGUCAACGCCGUGCUAUGGCGACUGGGGACAUGGCUACUACAGUCACUGCUACAUCAUCAAUGACACUCUCACAGAUUGGGAGACAGCGAAUGAUGAUUGCCAUAGACUCGGAGGCUACAUCUGGGUCCCAGAGACAAUUGCCGAGAGGAACCAUGUGUCUGGUUUAUCGACACUCACUCGCUGGUGGGUUGGUAUUACCGACCCAUGGUAUACGGAAGCAACUAUUCCGUUGUCUGGAUCUCUGCUGAAAGAUAACAUUUUCAGUAGCAACGAACCGGAUGAUUUGGACAAGAUUUACGUUCGCUUAAACGGAGCUGGCGUAAGUGACACUGACUCGGGCACUACAGACAGGAGGAACAUCUGUGAGCAAAGCCCAGCUUACCUUGGCUGUUAUCGUACGGAAAGUGGCCUGGCCGCAACCCUCAGCAGUCCCUUACACAUGAACCUCCAGCAGUGUAUUGAGUACUGCCGUGGACUGUCCCGUGCCUUCGCCGGUGUGUCUUCCUCGGAGUGUUACUGCACGCAGACCGUUACUGAAGCUAACAAGGAGAACGACUUCACUCUCUGUGAUACAAAAUGUCCUGGAAACAAACACCAGUUCUGCGGGGGCAAUGGAUAUGUUUCGAUGUAUCUUGUUACUUGGAUAUCAGUAGUAGCCAGUUCCUGUGAUGUCCUGUACAAAAACGGUGUCAGGGAGUACGGGCAGUAUUGGGUGGCAGCGGAAUGGAUAGCCCAAAACAUCCGAGUGGAGUGCUUUACAUCAAGUCAGUGUAACGAGUGGCUGAUUUAUCAGAUCAGCGAUUCUUCAAUAUCGGCAUCAUCCAGCAGAAGCAACCUCUCGCAUACUGAUAUAAGACUAUAUGGUGAGAGUGGAUGGGGUCCAGACGUAAGUGCUGACACUAACGGCUCUUGGGUUCAGCUGUCCUUUCCAAACCGGUAUAUAGUCACUGGCUUCAAGACACAAGGGCGUAAUGAUAUUGAUCAAUUAGAGAGAGUGCAGAACUUUACAGUACAGUACAGAGAUACAAGUAUUGGCGCUGACUGGAGAACGUACAUCAAUGAGUCCGACGAAAAUGUGUUUGACGCCAGAGGGCCAACGAGUAGCGAUUUCAACACCCCUGUGUACAACGAAGUUGAGGACCCGUUUGUGGCCACAGAUAUCCGAGUUCUGCCGGAAACCGGCAGCUGUCUAGGGUCCGGAUGUGUCAUGAGAUUGGACGUCAGCGGGUGCCAGUUUGAUACAUUCUCAGAAACUGCUGUGGACAUAGGAUGCUUCCUGGAUGACCAAAACCACCCAGAAUUCCCGAAUAUCCUGUCUUCCGGUAUCACGUCGACGUCAGAAUGUCGUGAGCUUUGUGCACAGGGUGGUUACAUGUACGCUGCUGUCACCAACGGGACCGUGUGUGGGUGCGGAAACGAGAUCGGAAAAUACGGGAAGGUACGCCAGAGAAUGUGCAAUAUCGCGUGCACCGGCAACCCACGUGACGCAUGCGGUGGAGAAUUAUUCAAUUCAGUCUUCCGAGUUUGGAGUAUUAAGUGCCCGGAACUUCCACAAAUAUCCAAUAUGGACUUGAAUACGACCGAACGUUCCCAUGGUGACGUUGCAAAAUACACGUGUCUCCAUGGAUACCGGUUGCCUUCAGGAACCAAUGAAACAGACGUCUUGAGAUGUGUUCAGAAGCAAUGGGUAGGGGAUAUCCCUGCCCAGGGAUGCGAACGCAUAGUUUGCAACGGAGCGCUACCCACUGUGGCCAACGCGACAAGAACAGAUACCGGGAAUUUCUUGGAUAGCACUGCCACCUACCGAUGCUUCUAUGGUUUCCUGUACCCAGAUGAAAGCGAUGUCCAGCAGCUUCGUUGCCAGGAUACUGGGGCGUGGUCAUCUUUAUCUCAUACUGAUUGCCAGGAGAGAUUGUGUAGUGCGCCCCCAGAUGUCGCCAAUGCCACCGCUGUCUUCAACAACCGCACCUGGACGUUUACCUGUGACGCUGGGUACGCGGUGUCGGCCGGACACACCACGCAGACCCUGUUCUGUAAUUUACAGGGUCAGUGGGUAGGAAGUGUGGAAAACUGUGGUAAGAAUUCGAAGUAAUUUUUUCUGUUGCUAUUUUGAAUAUAAAUGCCGUUUUCCCUUUCUGAUAACAUAAAAUGAACUGCACCUAAACUUAUUUCAGGAAAUAAUUCUCGGGCAUUCAUCCGUAAAUAAAUAUAGAUAUAAAUAUUUUAACAAUUGCGUAUGCGACUUUUAAACUAAGAGCUUGAUUGAAAAGAUCAGAUCCAGUGGUGAGAGGGUAGGUAGAGGAGUUAUUGUUCAGACAUUACAAUGUAAUUUGGCCCCCUUCCUGAUGAAAGGCGCCCAUGAAUACGGUAGGUAAUGUUAUUAGUUUUGUUUCAUUACCUUUUGUUAGUUAAGUGGACGCAUUUUUGUACGACUUUCUGGUAAAUCAGUUUGCUAUAUUCUAUACACCUUUUUAUCCGCAUAUUAUUUCAUCAUGCUCCAUCUUGUUAAAAUUUUCUUUUGGUUUUGGUAUUUUUUUCCGAAAGAUAUGGACGUUCAAAUACUCUAGUACUGUUUGAAUGCAUGUAUCGCUUUUGAUUCAGUGGGCGUGACAUUGGCUGAAUGAACAAUAGAGGGCGCUCGUUAUCUGUGGCAGUGUGCAUGGUGAAUCCGUUUGCCUCCGUAUUCCUAAAUCCAUGUGUUCGUAGCUGUGUAGUGUUAUUGUUCUUGUGGUAUGUCAUUUAUAAUGGAAUGAUGCGCAUUAUGGGGUUACUGUUAGGUGCGCUGUCUGUUUGAAGUUUCCUUGGAUGUUGAUAAAAGCUUGUGGAGCAUGUUACAUGUAAUAAGCGGUCAAAGUGGGCAUGUGUUCAAACCACACACGCACGCACACGGACGCACACACACACACACACACACACACAGAUAGAGAGAGGUGAGGGAUUGGGGAUGUGACUUAAGCAUGAAAGCACCAAAACCAAAGCAUGACUGUCAAGGAUAGUGCCAACGUGGUGACGGGAGUAAGCAACUUAAGAGGCAUUGCAAGACCGAGGGAACACUUUCCUGCGUCAGACCAGACAACACGGCAACAGGCAUCACCAACAUGGAAAGAGAUGCCAGACAAUGCUUUGAACCUAGAUUAACUUAUUUAUUAAUAUUAUUGCAUGAUGUAUUACUAAUUUAACAAAGCAGAUUGCAUUGUGAUUAAGUACCAAACAUUAAUCCAGUCUGGAAACACUACAGUGGAAAAGACUUAAACUGGAGGCUUGCAUCAGUCUUACUACAUUUGAGAUUAAUUUUAAUGUAAACGUUUGGAUAAUAGAGAACACCAAAUAUGCAUCUAUCGAUUUAAUUUAUCGUGAUAUUUAUCAUAUUAGUAACUGUGAACUCCACUAAGAUACUCUGAACAUUACACGAAGGAAGAACCAGAGACAGACAAGGAAGACAAACGAGAUAGGACUAACAAGGGAUCAUUAAUAUUGGGAAACAUGACUUUAUAUGUAUCAUUAACGUUCCUAAAUAACUUAAUAUUACGUGUAGAGGCAUGGUUAUUUAAUGAUGCUUGACAUAAAACUGAAUCUACAAAAAAGUAAGAGUAUCAUUUCUGUUGGUGAAAAAGUAAAUCUUUUUCGUAUAGACCAAACGUGUUUUAAUUAUGAUCCUUGGCAUGCCGAACCUCCAUAGACAGACAUUGCACGUAUAGUCGUCUAAAAACGAUCUACUUUUUCAUCGUUAUUACACAACAAACAGUGAAAAACCUUUGUUGUUAUUGUCUGGGCUAUACCUAUGCCUACCCAACUACCAG